AUGUCUCGGUGUUUUCCUUACUCGGCUCCUGGGCAUUUAAGUCAGGGAUUGGUCGAAUCGCUUAAGAGAAGAUCUGUUCGCAGAACUAUGGAGGUUGUUCAAACAGGUUCAUUAAAACACUUUGGGAUUAGGCUUGAGAGAGAAAGGGUUCUACCAAAAUCAGAGCAAAAGUUACAUAAGAAGAGGGAGGGGGAGAAGGUCAAGAAAAAUAAGGAUAAGAAGGGGAAGAAUAAAACUCAAUGUCUCUCCAAGAAAUUUAAGAAGCUUGAUGAUGUUCAGUGUGGAUAUAAAGAUGAAGUUCAAUUGGAGAAAAGUAACAUUACUGAAGAACAUGAACCCCCAGCUGGAUAUAUAUCUGAAGGUAGCCAAAACAGCCUUAAGAGGAAAAGGGAAACGGUUCCCCAUAGUGAAUGCAGGGUUGAUGGGAAGAAAAUAAAGAUUCGAUUUACCUUGAAAACCCCCCAUGGAUCUGAUGCAACUAUCAGUAAAGAAUCAGCUUGCUCUAGCGGUGUAUCAGCAGAUUCUAAUCAAAAUUCAAGGUCUUCUGUUGCUUCUGCGCCUCAACGGGAACUGUGGCAUAAUGUUGGAUUGAAGGAGCAUAGUCCACCUUCAGAACCAAGUUGUUCUGUUGCUUCUGUGCCUCAACAGAAACUGUGGCAUGAUGUUGAAAAGAAAGAAAAACAUCCAUCGUCUUCUAGAACAUCAGCCAGAGACAAUAAGAUUUUUAGGGCUGCAUUGCAGUAUGAAACUUUGAUAGAGAAUUGGUUGCCACCUAUGCUCGAACCCGAGCUGAAUGACGAUGAUAGUGGUGAUGACUGGCUUCUUCCUAAAAGGCAGCUAGGGAAACCAGCGGCCAAGAGAUUAGAUGAUAAUGAUGUUCAUUGUCAUUCUAGUUCAACUUCAUGUCCUCGGGCACAUUAUCUACCGGAUGCUGAGAUGUAUGCAUUGCCGUUCACGGUUCCAUUUUGA